CGUAGUGAGUCUCAAGCCACAAUAUCUUAUCACGACUCCCGUCCACGGUCAGCGCUGAAUAUCCGAAAGAAGAAUAGUCCGUUCCAUUGAGGUCCAUCCAAGUGGGGACCGAGGUACAAUGGGGUUACUAACCAGCACCAUGCACACCUUUUCUACCUACCUUGACUAUAUCGUGACGUUCUUGCUCUGAUAUGCUAGAAGCAAACGCUUGAAACAAUAUUCUGAUGAUUUAAUCCAACUUCUCCAUAUCAAAUAGCUUGAGUUUGACUCCGCGAGGUUCCGGCGAGAAAGUGGGGAAAUGGCACUCUCAACCGAUAACCGCAAGUCGGUCCUGAUUACGGGAUGCUCUCCGGGUGGAAUCGGAAAUUCGCUUGCGCGCGAGUUCCAUCGACGGGGUUUGCGGGUGUUUGCUACUGCACGUGAUGAAGUAGCGCUGGGAGACCUCGCGGCGCUGGGUAUCGAGACCUUGAGUCUGGUCGUGGAUGACGAGCUCAGUGUCCAGCUUUGUUUCGCGGAAACCGAGAGGAGACUGGGGACGAAGGGUCUGGACUAUUUGGUGAACAAUGCGGGACGUAAUUACACUGUUCCUGCCAUGGAAGUUGACCUGGAUGAGGCACGCACGACCUUCGAAACAAAUUUCUUCUCAGUCAUCUUGAUGUGCAAGACGUUUCUGCCGCUUCUGAUCAAGUCCAAGGGCACAAUUGUGCAGGUUGGAUCUGUUGCUGGUGUUAUUCCAUAUGUGUUUGGGUCGGUAUACAAUGCCUCGAAAGCGGCGUUGCACUCUUUCAGUGACACCCUGCGCGUGGAACUGGCUCCAUUCGGUGUGAAUGUCACGACGAUUGUCACCGGAGGCGUGCAGUCUCGAAUCGCUCGUACCAAGCGGACCCUCGCUCCUGGCUCACUGUAUGGUCCUAUCGAGGGUGAAUACGAUCGUCGGGUGACGCACAGUCAAGAUGGUGCCAUGCCCCAUGCGGCAUAUGCGCGGAGCGUUGUCGCGCAGAUCUUAUACGGAGCCGCUCCGUGGCGCUGGCUUUGGCCGUGGGCGCAGGGCCGCAAGAACUGGAUCUGGGAGGGCAACAAGAGCUGGCUGAUUUGGUUCUUGGUAGGCGGGUGGGCAUGGAAUGGUCUGUUCCAGCGCAUCUUUACGAAGAUGUUCCAACUGUACCGGUUGCGCAACACCAUUGGGAAAUAGGACGAACGGGGUAGUAGGCCUUGAACCUGGUGGGAUGCCACUUC